AGUGUUUGUGCCAUUUGUCACGAGAAUGAGUUCUCGAUGGCCGACAAGCCCUCACUGGACACACUGUUGCAGAUGCUUCAGAGUGUCAUCUUCGAGAUCGGCAGAAGUAGUCAAGCCUUCUGUGAGCUGAGCGGUCGCACGGAACCACUGGUGGGCGAUGUGGUGAUGGCUUUGGUCGAGAUGGGCCUCAACAUCGACGACUUGUCCUCAUAUGCCAUGAGAUCGACUCGAGUGACGAUACCAUCGCCGCAAGUGAUGGCCAAACAGUCGACUCCUCGUAUACUUCAAGCGGGAGAGAAGAAGACGCCGUCGGCUUAUAUUCCCGACUAUUUGCCCGCAUUUCCUGACCCCCACUCAUACAUCCGGACCCCGACUCACAAACAGCCGGUCACUGAAUACGAGGCCAUUCGCGAGAAGUCGGCGACACAGAAGAGGGACGUCGAGAGAGCGCUCACCAAAUUCAUGGCCAAAACCUGCGGACAGUCUCUCACUCACCGACUCUUUCCCGACGAACAGAUCUCCCAUUUGUUUCCUCUCAUUCUCCUCAAAGUCGAGUCCAAUCCAUAUCUCAACGCAUUGUUACCCAAAGACCAAGUGUUUGACGACAAUGAGGAGCAACUGAUCCGCAAGAAAGAGAGCGACAAAAAGCCUAAACUUGUCGUCAAUGCGACCGAUGAGACAAACAGUGCCAUCAGUGGUGAG